CCCGCUCCGGCGCCGUGCGCGGCGGCGGCGGAGCAGGAGCAACUCCCGCUCCUCCCGGCGCGUCCCUCCUCCUGCCUGGCACCGUGUGCCGGCGGCGGGUGCACGGUGACCUUACGGAGCGUGCAUUACCUCACAGGAUCUGAUCUGGGCACUCUGAGGCAGACGGAGCAGGGAACAGAGCAAGCGGUCGGAGGAGCAUCAUUUCUACGGAAUGAUUGAAGAUUGUGGGAAAAGAGGAAAUACCAUGGCAGAAAGAAGGCAGCUGUUUGCAGAAAUGCGGGCUCAGGAUCUGGAUCGCAUCCGCUUGUCCACCUACCGAACAGCAUGCAAGCUUCGCUUCGUUCAGAAGAAAUGCAACUUGCACCUGGUGGACAUCUGGAAUGUGAUCGAAGCCUUGCGGGAGAACGCCCUGAACAACCUGGACCCCAGCAUCGAACUGAACGUGGCUCGCCUGGAGGCUGUGAUCUCAACCAUCUUCUACCAGCUCAACAAACGGAUGCCCACCACCCACCAGAUCAACGUGGAGCAGUCCAUCAGCCUGCUGCUCAACUUCCUGCUAGCGGCCUUUGAUCCGGAAGGACAUGGUAAAAUUUCCGUUUUUGCUGUUAAAAUGGCCUUGGCAACUCUUUGUGGAGGAAAAAUCAUGGACAAAUUAAGAUAUAUUUUCUCCAUGAUUUCUGACUCCAGCGGGGUGAUGGUUUAUGGCAGGUACGACAUGUUCCUGCGCGAGGUUCUCAAGCUGCCCACCGCUGUCUUCGAGGGGCCUUCCUUUGGGUACACUGAGCAGUCAGCAAAAUCCUGUUUCUCACAGCAGAAAAAAGUCACAUUAAACACUUUCUUGGAUACUCUCAUGUCUGAUCCCCCGCCACAGUGUCUAGUGUGGUUACCACUUCUGCAUCGACUGGCAAAUGUUGAAAAUGUCUUCCACCCCGUCGAGUGUUCCUACUGCCACAGCGAGAGCAUGAUGGGGUUUCGCUACCGCUGCCAGCAGUGUCACAAUUACCAGCUCUGUCAGGACUGCUUCUGGAGGGGCCAUGCCAGCGGUUCCCACAGCAACCAGCACCAAAUGAAAGAGUACACGUCAUGGAAAUCACCUGCUAAGAAGCUAACUAAUGCACUUAGCAAGUCUUUAAGCUGUGCUUCCAGCCGUGAACCUUUGCACCCAAUGUUCCCUGACCAGCCUGAAAAACCUCUAAACCUGGCUCAUAUUGUGCCCCCCCGACCUGUAACCAGCAUGAACGACACACUCUUCUCCCAUUCUGUUCCCUCAGGAAGUCCCUUUGCAAACAGAAGGUUACUUGGGGGUAUAAAUGCAGCCAGUCCUGUGGCUGAUGAGCAUUCUCUUAUAAAGCUGUAUGUAAAUCAGCUUCACAACAGUUCACGCGUCCUUGACAGUGCAAGUCGGCUGGAUGAAGAGCACAAGCUGAUCGCCAGGUACGCAGCAAGGCUGGCAGCAGAAACUUCUUCAUCACAGCUGAGUCAGCAGAGAGGGGCAUCAGAUAUCUCCUUCACCAUUGAUGCAAACAAGCAACAAAGGCAGCUGAUUGCAGAGCUCGAAAAUAAAAACCGAGAAAUCCUGCAGGAGAUUCAGAGGCUGCGACUUGAGCAUGAGCAAGCGUCUCAGCCUACACCAGAGAAGGCCCAGCAAAAUCCCACUCUCCUUGCAGAGCUCCGGCUCCUGAGGCAGAGGAAGGAUGAGCUGGAACAGAGGAUGUCUGCGCUCCAGGAAAGCCGAAGGGAGCUCAUGGUGCAGCUGGAAGGCCUCAUGAAACUGCUGAAGACGCAGGGGGCGGGCUCCCCGCGCUCCUCGCCCAGCCACACCAUCAGCCGGCCCAUCCCCAUGCCCAUCAGGUCUGCCUCUGCCUGCUCCACCCCGACCCACGCGCCUCAGGACUCUCUGACCGGGGUGGGAGGAGAUGUGCAGGAAGCCUUUGCACAAAGUGCGAGACGAAAUUUAAGAAAUGAUUUGCUGGUGGCAGCAGAUUCAAUCACCAACACCAUGUCUUCUUUGGUAAAAGAACUAAAUUCUGAAGUGGGCAGCGAGACAGAGAGCAACGUGGAUUCGGAGUUUGGCCGGACUCAUUUUGAUGAUCUGGUUCCAUCCCCGACAUCUGAGAAGGCUUUCCUGGCCCAGAUCCACGCCCGCAAGCCGGGAUACAUCCACAGCGCUGCUGCCACCGGCUCCAUCCGCAGUGACAUGGUUACAGAAGAUGGAGACCCCUAUGUCAGAGCAGAUGAUGAAAAUUAUGAGAAUGACUCUGUCCGCCAGCUGGAGAAUGAACUGAAAAUGGAGGAGUACCUGAAGCAGAAGCUGCAGGAUGAGGCGUACCAGGUCAGUUUGCAAAGUUGAGUGCAAUAUUCUUCUCUCUCCUCUCAAGGAAGCUGCAGUCAGACAGACAAUGAAAGCUACGUGAGAACUGAUGAUGAGGAGAGCUGCUUUCGGACAGAUGAUGAAGAAAACUCAGCUGCGAACUUCACAGAAGAGUGGAACCAAGAGGUGCAGCGUCUCUUGACGAAAAAAUCACAUAACUAAUUCUGAGGACUGUAGCACAGUACUUUUGUUCUAAGAGUUGUAGUUUGUAGAUGUGUGUUUUUUGACAACAAGACUUUUGUUUAAAGCUAACUUAUAUUAGCUACAUCUUCUGUAACAUGGCUCAUUACUGGCGAAGCAAACAGACUGACGCACGUGCUGCUGUCACACACGGCGGCGCUGUUAAUAACUCACGUGAACCCUUUGCACAUGAUAUUGAACCUGUUCAGUUUACAAUGACAAUACUGUUUAUAGUUAGAAAUUUGAUUUCUGAAUACUUUAAGAUUUUAGUAGAUUGGUUUACUAUACACUGUACAUUUUUUUUUUCCACGGGAGAAAUAAAAAGCGACAAUUAUGCAUUUAACACUGAACGAUGAUACUCCUGAGUGUAUAUAUCUAGUAGCCCAAAAAACAAAGUACCAGACUAUAUUUGCAAUUUGUUUGCAAGUCUUUAAAUUAAGGCUUAUGCAAAAUGUACUAAAAUAAUAACAAUAUAAUUAAUAAUAAUAAUAAACUUCUCUAAUUUAGGGCUAAUGUGUAACUUAGGAAUGUUUCUUUCAAAAUAGUCUAACAAAUCAGCCAUAGAAGUUAGUGUAAAUAUUUUUUUUCCAAAUAGAUAUCAUAUACAAAAGGUGACAUUCAAAUGAUAUAGAAUCUAGUUUUUAAAUCAGCACAGAUCUUCUUAAAACUGUGAACUAUGUUUUGAAAUACUCGUUGCUAAAGCUGUUUAUAAACCACAGGUGCCAUAAGAUCCCUGAACUGACUGAUGUUACGUAUAAUCCUCCAUGGUAUUGUUUCAUUGAUGUUUUAGCUUUAGUAAGCAUGUGUUCAACAAACCAGCUCUUUCCAUCUCUCUGCCCCUCCUCUUCCUCCCCGCCCCCUACCAUUAUGUUAUUUUCGAGGCCUUCAGCUUUAAAUGUACAGGCUUAAAGUGCGCUUGCAACUGUUUCCUUUUGAUUUCCGAAUGUGUACUGCCUUAGCCAGCCACCAGAUGUUCUGCAUGCCCUCUUGGAAAUGUGUGGUGAGACUCUUUCAGAGCUGGAUGGAGAAAUAGCGCUCAGUGAAAAGCACAAGAAGAGCAGUGGGUUCUUGCAAAAGGACAGGCAUACAGUUACAGAAUGUUUCGUCCAGUUUAGUAUUUUUCCAGUAUCAAGGCAUUUCAGGAGAAAGGAGACUGACGUGGCCAUUAGGCAAGGUUAGGCAGUGAGGCUGCUGGCUAAAAAGUGUUUGCUCUGCUGUGACCACAAACCUACAGAUACUCCUGAGCGGGCAUUGACACAAACUAGCAUCAACUGCUCCCCAGAGCACCCUGCUCCCAAACAAAGGUGGCACCUCCGUGGCACAUGGCACUGCCAUGCAGAGGAACCAGAGCCAGGCCAGGGACAGCUGGAGCAGCAGCAGGGCAGGGACACCAGGAGGUGUUCCAUGCUGGCCACCUGAGCUGUGCAGUGUUAGCUCAGGGCCGCCUCUGUGCCAAGGUAACUUUACUGCCCUAAUGCAAGACUGGGCUUCCAGUGCCUGGCUGACCUGAAGUGACACUGUCUAACAGCCCUGAACACAGUGGUGUUUCAUACAGAUAUUUCACACCAGCACAGUUUGCCUACAGCAAGUGAUGAGAUACCCAUCUAAAGCAGGUUACCGUGGCUUGUCUGUCCUUGCUUUCAUGGUGACGUGGAUGUGUGCUGCCGUGUUUACAUGAGAUUGCAAUGUAGCUCGACCCAGUAAGUCCACUUGUUUGCAUGCAUUCUCCAGGCUCGUGGCUGUUUCCCUGGGCACUAUGUGUUAGGGAAUGAGUAUCUGUAUGGAAGAGCUGCUGCCAUUUCACUUUCAUAUCAUUUUAUUGUGUAUGCAGAUCUCUUGUCUGUAUAUCCUUGCAUACCUGGGCUUGCUCUCAGACAUCCAAAUGCAUACUAAGGGAUCCAGAUAUCUUCAUGUAAGCUUUUCAUUUUUGCAGUCACUGGUCUUUGCUCCUGGGUAUGUGCCAUCCUGGCAAGGCAGGCACCAUAUCCUCCACUGUCCCCUCCUCCAGCCUCCUCUCAGGAAUGAGUUAGCCUCCACUAGUGCCUAGCACUCCAUGUUUUAAGCUACUCCAGUGAACCUGUAGACAUUGCUGUCAGCUCAGGACUCCAGGCAAGCAUUUCCUGAACAGGGAGAAAACAAGCUAGAGCACUGCUAUGUGCAAUGGCUGAUUAAUUCAACCCAUGUCAUGUUUAACUGUGCCCAAAGUAAUAGAUCCCUCUCAUCACCUCAAUGUCCGCGUGCUCAUUGUUACUACGCUUAAAAUAGAUGCACUAGCCUAAAUCCAGUGCAAGAGCUUCUGAACCAGGAGUAAGAACUGAAGUUGAUUAAUCAAGCACCUUUCUUUUAGGCUGGUGUCAACAGGGUGAUCCCUUAGGAGUUCUGGGUCCCUUAUGCCCUGGAGCUCUGAGAUGAAGCACCUCUUACUUAGCUCUGCAAAUGUCUAUUUUAAGCAUUUUCCCAACUGUUAAGCUGGCUGCAUUUUCACCCAGCUGGUCUUUGUCUGUUUGUUGACUAUUAUUUUGGUUGUGGCUUGCGGUCAUUAAAACAAACAGAGUUACAGAAGAGGUCCCUGGUACGGCCCUUUUCUUAAUUACCCAUGGCCCGCCACAACCAUCAAAGCUCCGGGUGGUUUUGCUGUCACUGGAGGAAAACCAGUGGUUUGGAAUCAGGAGACAGGGAUGUGAAGAUAUAUAGGGUCCUUGAAUGUCCAAAGCGAAGGUGGAGAAUGGGUUGUCUGUAAGUAGUAAUGUUAACUAAACUGCAUAAAAAGGUGUGUGGCCUUUGUUGUGAUAUAAUAUGUAUUUUCUUAUAUGCAUGAGCCAAAUUGUUGCAUCAUAAUUUAUCAUAAGUGUGUCCGCCUUUACUUUCGGUCGUCACCUUCUCCCAUUCUUAUUGGUUCUUGGCAAUUACUGUAGAUAGACCUUGUAAAUAUUGCAACCUCGGGUUGCUGUGAUCACACUGGUUCAAUUCAGCAGACGGAGCUGUGAACAACAAGCACUCCACAGUGUCCUGAAGAAUAAAGGGCAUUUUUACCUUUGAACCAAAAAACAACAAAAAAAAAGUACGAAGAGUUACAUCUUGAGGCUACUAACUGCAACGCAUUUUUAAAACACUGUACUUGACACCACUUGAGACAGAUGCAGAGACACUAAAAAUGUCACGAUAUUCAUUGGUAUUGUAACAGAACUGCUAUUGUAUGGGGUUUUUGUAUUGCUGUUCAGUAUUGUUUUGUGUGUGUGUGUUGGAACCUACUGGGGACAUGUUAUAUUUUGAAGUGAUUAAACUAUUUAAUUGUGUGUCUAUAUUUUGGAAUGGAAUUAUUUCUUCAUUAAAAAGAUUUUUAAAAGGAA